GUACAACUUCUGCUUUCAUUGAACUGGAAGUUCGUUCUUGUUUUGCAUGAACAUGAUCUAGAUAUACACUUCAGCCGCUCGUUGGAAGAAUCAGGUAUUUUCAGUGUAGACUAUGAUAUGAGCUCCUUCAGAGAAGAGCACCUGCUGACAAUCCUGGGAGAUGUGGAGAAGCUGCUCCAGCCUCGCCUUAAUGUACUUCUUCUCUGUGACGUCACUACCACUGCUUCAGUCUUACGCCAUCUGGGACUUUCUGCAAAGACAAGGCUGUGGACUAUGAUGUUUUACCCGAAUGGACGCAAUUUCACACACGUGUCUCUCUCAAGUGAAGCAGUAAUAAAUCCUACGGACGUGUUCCCCAAUGUGAAGUUCGGUUACAAUGGACGACAACUUACUGCCGUCAUGAAGGAAAACAACUAUGGCUAUGGCUACCUGAAAGUGAAUGAGCGGAGGGUGUUCGGGUUUUCCUUUUGUAUAUUGAAACUGCUGGCAGAGGCUAUGAACUUCAGUUACAGAGUUAUACCGCCAAGAGAGGAUGAAUGGGGCCAGAACAUCAAUGGUUCAUGGACAGGAGUAUUUGGGAUGCUGCAGAGAAGGGAGGCUGAUUUGGCAUCGGACAUCUUAACUAUCCACAGUGACCGCACUGCAGUUGCUGAUUACCUCCUGCCUCCAAUCGCUGAAACCAAACAAGUGAUCAUGUACAAGAAAGAGGACGAGGACAAGGACCAUCUCCUGAUCUUUCUCCGGCCUUUCCGACCUUAUGUCUUUAUGAUAUUUGGUGUGUCUCUGAUUACAUGUAUUAUUUUCCUGUCUUCCAUAAGAUUAAUUCAUAAUAAGGACGAAUUCAAUUUCAAUAAAUGUCAAACAAGGGCCUUGACAAUGCAGGCUACAACAACAACAUUUGAAAUUCUUGGGGCCACUCUGAAGCAAGGAUCAACCAUUAGAUCAUCACAUGUCUCGGAGCGGGUCCUGGUAACGGGAUGGUGGAUGUUAACAACUGUUAUUUCUGCUGUCUACUGCGGGACCAUCAUGGCGAUAUUUGCUGUAAAAAUAGAAAAUCCACCAUUUUCUAACAUGGCUGAGUUGGCAGCCAGAGAUGACUACAAAAUAGGCUACGAUUCAACCAGCAUCACUGAAAACCUGUUCCAGAAUUCAAGGCGGUCAGAUGUCAUGGCAAUCAAACAAAGAGUGCAAGGAUUAUCCACGAGAGACCCUGAUGUAUUCAGUAGCAAUGACACCAAGCACCUGGAAAAAGUAUGGGACGGAAAAUACGCUUAUAUCUCAGGCCUACUUCUUACAGCCAUAAGCAACGCCAACUGCAAACUAAAAGUGAUUGACACCAAAUUUGGAAGGGCCUUCUUGGCUUUCUUUCUUCCGAAGACAUCCCCUCUCAAACAAGACUUCCAAAAAAGCAUGUACCAUCUCAGCGACAGUGGCAUCCUGCAGCGAACGUUUCAAGAAUGGUUUCCAUCCUCUGCGGAUGACGGAUGCCAAGUAGAGGACUAUCCUAAAGCCAUGUCACUGAUCAAGAUCCAGAGUAUCUUCUUUGCAGUGGGAGUGGGACUGGCUUGUAGUUCCAUGAUUCUGGUGGCAGAGAUUGUUUGGUAUAGGUUGAAACACACAAUGGCAGAUGACGGGAAAGGGCACAUCAAUAAAUGAGUAAUAUAUGCAGCUGCAGUUGUGUUGUCUAAAUCGUGAUAUAGUUUGCCAUGGAUUGAUUUCCUAACUUUAAUGGAAUGUUACCGCCGAGUCGAAAUUUAAGAAGGAAUUUAUUUUAAUGCAGCUUUUAUUAUUAUCAAACAGGUUUGCUAUUAUAAUCAUUCAUCCAGCCCCAGACAUGUCCCUUAAAGCAGUCAAUAUUUUUGUAAGUAUUAGACGUUAAUAAAUGUAUGUGAUAUGAAUAUUAUAGCUGUAUCUCAUCUGAAUUUACAAUAAAGCAAAACGCUCGAUUGCCUUGGCCUCUGUGUUUAUAAAUCAGAUCGAAUGACAUUGGGUUUAUGUGUGAAAUAUUUUCAUAUAACUGUCCAUCGUUUCACUUCUAAGGAGAUCGCGGGGCUUGAAUGUGUUUGUAUAAUUGCUCUCAUAAUCCUGAAACACAUAAAAGGGUAUUCAUUAUUUAAGACAUCAUUAUCACUUGAGCGUAUCUAUUAAAUGUAUUAUCAAAAGAAAUGCGACGUAUGCUUACCCUUUUACAUAUUGGAAAACUGGGAAUUAUGCAUAACACAGGAAGGAGGGAUGGCAUCGAUAAGACACUCCGGUUUUGUCAAUUGUGCAAGUUAAGGGCAGUUGAAAAUGAAAUUCAUUUCACACUUGUUUGCCCUAUUUAUGAAGAUAUUCGCUCUAAAUAUUUCCCAUAUUAAAACUUCAUUACUGGUAAUAAUCGUAAAGACACAUUCUAUAAUUAGAAUGUUAAACUCUUCUGAUGUAAAUUUGUCUUGAGUACUUAGCCAAUUAUGUUAAAGAUAAUAUCUGUCUUCAUUCUUCUUACCUGGAAAUAUUAUUUCAAGCAGCACUUGAUGUGAAACUAGUAUAUAUCUGUACGUGGGCCCGAGGCCUUAUUACCGAAU